UUAUGUUCAUGUUUAUGUCUGUGCAGGUUUCUCUUGGAAGCUCUGGAGGACCUGGACAGCAGUCUCAAGAAGCUCAAUUCCAGGCUUUUUGUAGUCAGAGGCCAGCCUACAGAUGUGUUCCCCAGGCUUUUCAAGGAGUGGAACGUGACCAGGCUGACCUUUGAAUAUGACCCAGAGCCUUACGGGAAAGAGAGGGAUGGCGCAAUCAUUAAGUUGGCCCAAGAAUUUGGAGUGGAGACCAUUGUCAGAAACUCUCAUACCCUCUACAACCUAGAUAGGAUAAUAGAGAUGAACAACAACAGUCCUCCUCUGACGUUUAAGCGUUUUCAGACUAUUGUGAGCAGACUGGAGUUGCCUAGGAGACCUCUGCCUCCCAUCACUCAGCAACAAAUGGACAAAUGUCACACCAAAAUAGAAGACAACCAUGACCAGCUAUACAGUAUCCCUUCUUUAGAAGAAUUAGGUUUCAGGACAGAUGGUUUACCUCUGGCUGUGUGGCAUGGAGGAGAGUCUCAGGCAUUGGACAGACUCGGUAAACAUCUGGACAAAAAGGUAAAGCUAAAGUCAAAGUGCUUUAAUUGGUCUAAUCCAGAAUCCAGGAGUUUAUUUUGAAUGCUAAGUUGCAUUGGCUGAUUUUUUUUGUUUGUUUGUUUACUUUUGUCCUCCUUGUUCUUAAACUUUCAGUAAAUGCCCACAGAAUAGGGAUAAAUUAGUAAUUUGACAGUGUUGCCUCCUUGCUCUCCUAUCCAUACCUACUUACCUGGUAAUCUCUGGAUGUAAUGCAAGUUUUUCCGUGUACGAUGGUUAAAAUGGUUUUAUCGUAACAAUCGUGUAUACAAGAUGGCUGCUGUGUUUGCUUCGGAUUACUCCUCACCCCUGUUGCUUGUCACGUGCUCCAUAAUGUUGUGCUGUGGACAUUUAUGUGCUUUCU